AUGCCGGGUGAGGCGCUCAGGAGGUCUCACACCAUGCCGGGUGAGGCGCUCAGGAGGUCUCACACCAUGCCGGGUGAGGCGCUCAGGAGGUCUCACACCAUGCCGGGUGAGGCGCUCAGGAGGUCUCACACCAUGCCGGGUGAGGCGCUCAGGAGGAGAUUCCUGCUCACGCUGGCGCUUGCUGCGCCAUUUCUGCCGCUUCGCUCCGCGUCGCUGGACGCGUGGGAGUCCUUCAAGCGCCAGCAUCAGCGGGCUUACACGCCGGAACAGGAGAGCUUUCGGCGCCAGGUGUUCCUCUACAACUUGGACAUCAUCGAGAGGCACAACGCCGAACAUGACGCCGGUCGCAGCACUUACCGGCUGGGAGUAAACCAGUUCGCUGACCUUACCAAUUCCGAGUUUCGUCUGCUGUUGUUGACAGAGGCGCGGUCGACACCCGCGGUCUCCGACCACGCCGGACCGCACUAUGCCCGAACGAACCGAACCCAACCGGACCACUUCGACUGGCGGGACCAGGGUGUGCCCAUCCCCAUCAAGGACCAGGGUGCGAUGGGAGCGGCCUGGGCGAUCCACGUGACGACGGCCGUGGAGAGCGGGCUGAUCAUCGCCGGGGAAGCGGCGCUGGCGCUGAGCCAACACAACCUGACCGACUGCGUCGCCUUCCAUUCGUUCACCCCCACGGCGGUGGCGCUGGACCGCGUGCACCGAUACGGCAUGGCAUCGGAGGCCGACUACCCCGCCAGCCGGCCGUGCCCGGCCGACCUGCCGAUGGCGGCCACCGCGGACCACGUGCACACCGUGCCGGCCGGCGACGCAACGGCGCUGCUGGACGGCGUGCUGCAGAACCCUGUGCCCGUCACGCUCGACGCCGGACACAUCUCCUUCCAGCUCUACGCCGGCGGCAUUUACAGUGAGAGGCACUGCUCGCAGACGCAGUACGACCACGUCAUGCUGGCGGCGGGCUAUGGUGCUGAGGGCGGCAACCAGUUCUGGCUGCUGGCCAACAGCUGGGGCACCAUGUGGGGCGAAGCCGGCUUCAUGAAGAUGAAGCGCGGAGUCAACAUGUGCGGCGUCGCCUCCAACGCCGUCUUCCCCACCGGCGUACACACCCUGUAG